AAAGAAGCUUCUGGAGACAAUUCGAAGAAGGAGAAAAGAAAAAUAAAAAGAAAAGAAGGAUCUGCAAAGGGGGGCGGCUGAAAGAAGAAACUGAAAAUAAAGUGGCCGCCAGAUUAAUUUGCUUUUUGGGUUAUUAUUUAUCAGUGGGCUGAUCGACGUCCAGUCUCCACUGGUCAAAUCGCUGGAAAUAAGGUUAUUGGCCCCUUUGAGUUAUCAUCCAGUCUGGGCCACCCACACAAGAAGAGAGUGGGAGCAAGAGAUUCAAGAUUGGAUAUCAAAAGUUCCUAUUCUAAUCUGAAUUGAAGCAGGCAGGUCCAUGAAAUCCUCCUAUUCCUUGUGUUCCACAUAAAGUAAGAUCUUAUACAAGUCUGUCCCCCCGCUUCCUUAAUUCAUUGUUUUUGAAAUUGGAAUUGGAAUUGGAUGGCUUCCUCUGGGAAUCCCAAUCCUCAACCACAAAUUGGCGGUGGAAGUGGAGGUGGAGGCGGCAGUGGAGGGUUCGAUUUGAACAAACUGUUUAAGCCCAGUUCCAGCCCAAUGCUGCAGCAUCAGCAUCUCCAAGACAUGAACGUCAUGGCAACUCCUCCAAGUCCAAAUCCUAACACUACCAACCUGACUACAUCCCCAUCUUUCCCAGCCCAACUGUCAACGCCGCCUCCACCUCCCUAUUUAACGCCUUCCUCCUCUUACCCUCCGCCUACUAGGCCCUACCCUUUCCAUCACCAGUACCUUCACUACCCUCCUCCUCCUCAACACCUACCCCCCUUGCAUCCUCAUCCUAAUCCUACUGGACCUAUUCCUUAUCAUCCCCAACCCCAACUACCCACCACUCCUACUUCUGGAAAUGACAUUUUGAUGGCCUUUUUUGGCACUCAGUCUCAGUCACAAGCUCCUGCUCCUGUCCCUUCUGCCCCACCUCUUAAUAUGAAUGUCAACCCAUCUGCCCCUUCGCCCUCUCCCUCCUCUCCCUCACCUGCCCGACUGUUGAGCAGCAAGUCCCCCAAGGGAAGGCAUCUUUUUGGGACCAAUCUCCUUUACGAUAUUCAUGUCAGGCUGCCCAGUGAAGUACAGCCCCAACUUGAGGUCACUCCCAUUACCAAGUAUGCUUCUGAUCCUGGCCUUGUUCUUGGUCGUCAGAUUGCUGUUAAUAGGAAUUACAUUUGCUAUGGUCUUAAGCUUGGGAAUAUCCGUAUCCUCAACAUCAACACCGCCCUCCGGUCCUUGCUUCGUGGCCACACUCAGAGAGUGACAGAUAUGGCUUUUUUUGCUGAGGAUGUCCACCUUUUGGCCAGUGCAAGUGUCGAUGGCCGGGUUUUUGUAUGGAGGAUCAAUGAAGGCCCUGAUGAUGAAGAUAAGCCGCAAAUUUUUGGCAAAGUUGUUAUUGCCAUUCAGAUCGUGGGGCAAGAAGAAUCGAAACAUCCACGAGUCUGUUGGCAUCCUCACAAACAAGAGAUUUUGAUGGUUGCUAUUGGAAAUCGUAUCCUGAAAAUUGAUACAAUGAAAGUUGGAAAACUUGAAGGGUUUACAGCAGAAGAACCUCUUAAUUGCUCUGUUGAUAAGCUUAUUGAUGGGGUUCAGUUUGUUGGUAAACAUGAUGGUGAGCUUACAGAGUUGUCAAUGUGCCAAUGGUUGACUACCCGUUUAGCUUCAGCUUCAGUAGAUGGCACGGUGAAAAUUUGGGAAGAUCGUAAGCCCUUACCACUUGCAGUGUUGAGGCCACAUGAUGGACAUCCUGUUUACUCAGCAACAUUCUUGACUGCCCCGCAUCGCCCUGACCAUAUAGUUCUUAUCACAGGAGGCCCACUAAACCGUGAAGUGAAGAUAUGGGCCUCUUCAGGUGAAGAGGGCUGGUUGUUGCCCAGUGAUGGUGAAUCAUGGCAGUGUACCCAAACAUUGGAAUUGAGGUGUUCUGCUGAGUCUGAGGUUGACAAUGCAUUCUUUAAUCAAGUUGUGGCACUGCCCCAUGCAGGCCUGUUUCUGCUUGCAAAUGCCAAGAAGAAUGCCAUAUAUGCUGUGCACAUAGACUAUGGGCCUAAUCCAGCUGCAACUUGCAUGGAUUAUAUAGCUGAAUUCACUGUCACAAUGCCCAUAUUGAGUCUCACUGGAACAAGUGAUAGUUUGCCAGGUGGAGACUAUACCGUCCAAGUCUACUGCGUUCAAACACAGGCCAUUCAGCAAUAUGCUUUGGACUUGUCUCAAUGCCUGCCACCACCCUUGGAAAAUGCAGACUUGGAUAAAACUGAUUCUAAUGCUGCUCAUGUUUUUGAUGCCAUGAACUCUGAUGUUUCUGCUUCUCUGGAAUUAUCUCAUGGAUAUAAACCAAGCCCUUCAAUUUUGGUGUCGUGUAUAAGCUCCAGUAGCUCUGAAAGUGCAGCAGUCGUGAGCUGUACGCAAAAUUUAGCUUCUUCAGAUGUUACUUUCAUAUCUGAGAGUGCUGUGUCUGGCAUUGAAAGUAAGCCAAGUGCUUUGCUGUCUUCUAGUAGUGCCGAAAAUAUGCACAGUGCAUCUCCUCCAGGGUUAUCACGAAAGUCUUCUGGUUUUAGAAAUCCAAGUGUUGAUCAUGUUAACCACUCAGCACAUGAUUCUGUUGACCACAAUGUAGAUACAGUCAAAGAGAAUAAGGCUGAAAUGCCCUACUCUGGUGGUCACCUGCAGAAAGGUGAAGAUAUUGCCCAAAAUGACAUUUCAACUGUUCCUGGUCCUCAUACAGUGUUCAAACAUCCAACCCAUCUGGUAACACCAUCAGAGAUACUGUCUACCAUGGCUUCAUCGACAGAGAAUGCUCAGAUUAGUCAGGUUAUUAGUGACGGUGAGGCAACAGUUGAAGAUGUUGUCAAGAAUGAUGCUGAAAGCAUAGAGGUAGAAGUUGACAAUCUUGGUGAGACAAGGCAUUGUCAAACUAAUGAAACUAAAUGUCCACAAGGCCCUCAUACUACUGUUACAGAUAACAAAGAAAAGGCAUUCUACUCUCAGGCAUCGGAUCUUGGCAUUCAGAUGGCCAGAGAUUUUUGUGCCAAAAGUUAUAGCGUUGAGGGAGCUCAACAAGCUAAUCUCAUGGGUGUUUCUGUUCAAGAAGAUAAACUUACUAAUACUGGUGAUGGGGAUGACCAGAAUGUGAUUAAAGAUGUCCCUCCAAAGGUCAGUGAAACUGACACUGCUGUCACUGUUUCUGCAUCUCCAGCUUCUGCUAAAGGGAAAAAGCUGCAAAAGAAAAAUUCUCAAGUAUCUAUCGCAUCUUCCCCUUCAGCAAGCCCAUAUAAUUCCACAGAUUCAUCUAAUGAACCAGGGUGUAGUUCCCAGGCUCUGUCAGCUGAUGCUUUUUUGCCCCAAUUGCUAGCCAUGCAGGACUUGCUUGAGAAGUCCCUUAGCAUGCAGAAGGAAAUGCAGAAGCAGAUGAACACAAUUGUCUCUGCUCCUGUUAACAAAGAAGGGAAAAGAUUGGAAGCAUCCUUGGGCAGGAGCAUUGAGAAAGCUGUAAAGGCAAAUACAGAUGCUUUGUGGGCCCGUUUCCAGGAUGAAAAUGCAAAGCAAGAGAAGUUAGAAAGAGACUGCAUGCAGCAGAUAACAAACUUGAUCACCAACUGUUUAAAUAAGGACUUGCCAGCCAUGUUUGAAAAAUCCUUAAAGAAGGAAAUAGCUGCAGUUGGCCCUGUUGUGGCUCGUGCUAUUAGUCCUAUUCUGGAGAAAAGUAUAUCUUCUGCUAUUACAGAGUCAUUCCAGAAAGGAGUUGGAGAGAGGGCUGUGAAUCAUUUAGAGAAGUCAGUCAGUUCAAAACUUGAAGUGACAAUGGCCAGGCAAAUUCAAGCACAAUUUCAAACUUCUGGAAAGCAAGCACUUCAGGAUGCACUAAGGUCUAGCUUGGAAACGUCUGUUAUUCCAGCAUUUGAGAUGUCAUGCAAAUCUAUGUUCGAGCAAAUUGAUGUCGCAUUUCAGAGAGGGCUAAUGGAACACACAGCUACUGCUCAGCAGCAAUUUGAAAAUUCACAUUCUUCCCUUGCCGUUGCUUUAAAGGAUGCUAUUAAUUCUGCAAGUUCAAUCACACAAAGCUUAUGUGGAGAAAUGGCCAAUGCACAACGAAAACUUCUAGCUAUAGCAGCAGCAGGUGGCAGCUCCAAGGCAGGAAAUCCCUUGGUGACACAAUUGAGUAAUGGGCCAUUGGCUCAUCUGCAUGAGAUGCAGCCUGAGGCACAGUUAGAUCCAACAAAAGAGUUGUCAAGAAUGAUAGCUGAGAAGAAAUAUGAUGAAGCAUUCACCUCUGCCUUGCAUAGAAGUGAUGUCUCAAUAGUUUCCUGGUUGUGUUCUCAGGUUGAUCUACAAGGGAUAUUGUCAAUGAAACCAUGUUCACUGAGCCAAGGAUUAUUGCUGGCACUUUUUCAGCAACUGGCUUGUGAUAUCAACAAGGAAACAAGUAGAAAGCUGGCAUGGAUGACUGAUGUAGCAGUUGCCAUAAUCCCAUCAGAUCCAACAAUUGCAGUGCAUGUGGUACCAAUCUUUAGGCAGGUGUCUCAGAUAGUGGAUCAUCUACAAAGCAUGUCCACUACAUCUGCCUCAGAAUCCGCCUGCAUCAGGGUUCUUAAGUUUGUCAUAAACAGUGUGUUAAGCGGUAAAUGAUUUUGUUCAAAUUUGCUAGAAUAUCUUCCUUUUUUUUUUUCUUUUUUGUUUUUAAAUAUAGAAAUUUAGGUACUUGCAGUGGAAAGACAAAUGGGGGAUUAUUUCGUAUAUUCAGUUGUAUGUUCGAUUUUGUGUGAAAUAGUUGAGAGCGUAUUUACUUCUCAAUCUUUUUUGGUUUUGAAUUUUUUUUUUGGGUUCAGGUCUUUAUGGCUUGAAAAUUUUUUCAUAUUCAAUUUUAUUUGGGUUAGGUUAUUUUGGGUUUGAGUU